CUGGUAGAUGUCCAUUCACGCAACAAUUCAGACACUGAAGAGCAUUUGCAAAUAAAGCUACAAUAAAGGUAACGGCAAAGAAGAAGAACAAGCAAAGAAAAUGCAAAUAAAUUGGAAAUUAGCAGUUCUGUUAUUUACUCUUCUCGCAAGUUGUGCCUCGACAACAAACAAAACAAAUCACGAGAAAGAACCAAACGGAAACGGCUCACACUCUAAAAAGUUGAUGGAACAAUUUUUUGAGAAGUACAUGAAAUACAAAACAGGUGCUUCUCAGCUGUGCAAAAUUUUACAAAAAGUAGAAGCAUGUCGUACAGACAGAGGUCAUGAUGACCAUCUUCAUAAUGAAGAGCAAACCGAAUACCAUUCACAUGAAGACGAAGACGAAACCCACUUGAAUGACCAUAAUGAUGACAAAGAUGAAAAUGAUGAUCACGAAGAUAAUCAUAACCAUAAAAAUAAAGAUGAUAAUGAUCAUAAAGAUAGUAAAAACGAUAAUCAUGACCAUGAAGAUAAUCAUAAAGAUGACCACGACAAUGAAGAGACAAAACACGAAGGGAAGUGCAAAGACUUUAAUGAAAUCCUCAAAGAGCAUCACACACUUGAUAAAGAAAUAAAUGAAAAAAAAUUUAAAGAAAUCUGUCCUGCCGUAUUUGCAAUUCUCGUUAGUAAAAUUGAUCAACGUAAAAAUGAGAACCACGAAGGAAAAGAUCAUAAACUUACGACAGGAGAAGUGUGGGGUUAUGCGAUCGCUGCAAUAGCUAUCAUUAGCCUCAGUUCUCUAAUGGUUAUCGUUGUCAUACCACUGCUGGGAAAAUCAUUUUACAACAAACUGAUGUCGUUUUUGGUGGCAUUGGCUAUUGGAUGUUUGGCUGGUGAUGCUCUACUUCAUUUAAUCCCACAUAGUCUUAUUCCCCAUUCUGAGCACAAUCAUGAUGAAGGAGGAAACGACGAAAAAGAAACUCUGUGGAGAGCAUUUGUCAUAUUUGUUGGUAUUUAUAUGUUCUUCAUUGUUGAAUGCUGUAUGAAGUUGAAACUGGCAAGAAGGAAAAAGAGCGAGAACCGAGUCCACUAUGGCGUCGGGAAACAGCAACUACAACACAUAGCAGAUACUUCUGAGACCGCGCGCUUAUCACUUGCGGCAGAAGCUACAAAGGAUUCAGAAAACCUAGAACCAUCAAGAAAAUCUAUGAAUACUUUCAUGAUGGAAGUAACUAGUGGAAACAGACGUAGCAGUCGACAAGUUCGAGAUAGUUUGUGGAUGGCUUACAUGGCUGCGAUGGAUAAUGGCGAUAUAAAAUCUUUUCACGAAGAAAAUCUGCCAUCGCCAAUCAUACCUAAAGAACAGUACCGCAGUGAUCGUGAGAGCUUUACUGGCCGUAAAAUUGACACAUUGCGAGAAAACUCGAAAGAAGACUUGCUUUCCGAAAUUCACGAAUCUGAACAUAAACACGGAAGUUUGGAGAGCUCAGCAAAUAGCAAGGAAUGUUCCGAGGACGUUAAACAAAACAAUAAUCACCCAAAGAUGAGCAACACAUCUGAUCAGCAUCGUGGUCAUAGUCAUGCAGAGAAGGAAUUCGAUAGUACAACCAAGAUAGCUUCUCUGGCUUGGAUGGUUAUCGUUGGUGAUGGUUUUCACAACCUUGCUGACGGUCUUGCUGUAGGAGCAGCAUUUUCUGCAUCGUUUACCAAUGGAAUUUCUACAGCCAUAGCUGUUUUUUGUCAUGAAUUGCCUCAUGAACUAGGUGACUUUGCCGUGUUGGUUAAAUCUGGUAUGACAGUAAAGCAAGCUAUAACUUACAAUAUGAUCUCUGGCUUAAUUUCAUUUCUUGGCAUGAUUGGUGGCAUCCUUAUUGGUAGUAAUGAGUCGUCGAUCGUGUGGGUACUGGCCAUUACUGCCGGAAUGUUUCUCUAUAUUUCUCUUGUAGAUAUGCUUCCGGAAUUAUGUACUCAAUUGGCCGAAGAAGAUUUUAAAACUGGCUUGUGGACAUUUUUCUAUCAAAACUUGGGAAUUCUUUCUGGCGUUUUCAUCAUGUAUCUGAUAUCUCUUAUGGAGUAAGAACAAAUAAGAUAAUUAAUGGUUUAAACAGGUAGUUGUAAUUAAAUCGUUUCGUUUUCUUUCUGUAUCUCUGCUUUGAACGUAAAAACAAAGGCAAAAUUUACUGCGUUGUUUAA